AAUUGAGAAUAAAUUAAAAAGAAAUUAAACUUUUAACUGAAAUCUGGACCUGUCUUCUUGCUUGGAUUCAACAUUGAAUGGAUACUGACCAAGUUUUGAUGUAGACUAGUCUCAAGUGCCUACUACACCUAUUCUGUUGCAGCGUAUUCCUAUUUAUUUUAUUAGUAGGACUGAUAGGCCUAUUCCUGAUAUUAUUUGAAGAAACACAUCUCAAACCUGGUCAAUGUGUGGACAAUUUUCCAAGAUCCAAAUAAUUGAAGUUUCUGGUGCUAACAAGUAAAGAUGGAAGUAGAUCCACCCACCUCAUCAUCCUCCAGUCCUGUACAAAAUAAUGGUAGCACUUUGAAGAGAUCUAACAGUGCUCCAAUGAUAAAUUCUCUUGUCGCAUCAGAGGCUGAUAUAAGCCCACCCGCAUCUUUUAAACCUGCGACUUCAGUUGUUCUCAGACGGCUCAGCUCUAGUAACAUGGCAUUGCACAAUGCCCCACCAUCCACCAGUCCUCCUAUUAGAAGCACUGACCGUGUGGCUAGAAUAAAACAAGAAGAAAUCCACAAAGCUGAUAUAGAAAGGCAACAUGAAAGAGAAAUUCAGUCAUCAUUGUGGAUAUCUCAGAAUUGGGAAAGUCUUUCAUUUGACACAUCAGAACCCAUGGAAGGGCAGCAACGUCGACCUCGGUCUUUCAGCGAGUCCCUUCACAUUAUGACCCCAUCUAAUAUCUUGUGUGGCUCUCCUUCCCCGACUAGGGCUGCAGCUAAACAAUGCUUCUCACCCUCCAUGCAGAUACCAGUGAAAAAUACAACCUUCACCCCUUCACCUUCUCCUAGCCCAACUAGGAAAAGUUUCCAUAGGAGUCUGAGUCCCAUAGCUGUGAGAACCACUGUGUCUCUAAAACGUAAACUGGAAAAUGAUGGGGACAAGUGGGACUACAUCAGCCCUCCAAAAAAGUUCAGCACAGGGGCAAGUACUCCAGAUAGAAUUAUGACAUGCGUACAUCCUUUGGCAAAUAGCAUAUCUAGCAGCAGUUUAGAGGUGGAUGGAAGCAAUACAGAUCAUCCAGUAUCCUGUACCAACAGCAUUGGCUCUGGUAUAGUGCAUAUGCACAGAUCCCCCAUUGGGGGCAUGACAUCUCUCUCAGUUACAGGUGGUGGUCACUCUCCACACUCCCCCCACACAGUCAACAGUAUAGGUGGUGCUGCAGUCGCUGGUCUGAUGCCUGCCAGCAAGCAAGGAUUUUUGUUUCAACCUGUGUCCGAGGCAAUGGGCUCCCCUUCAUCCACAUCAUCCUCCUCGUCAUCAACCCUGUCCAUGCAUCAACUGCACCCAUUGGCCUCUAGUCACAUGUCGCCCCAGCAGCCCGCACGCACACACUCAUCCAUGAGUAACGAUGGCAACAGCCACAACAGCAAUGAUAUUUACAUGAGUGAUACUGAAAUGAGGGACCACUCUGAGAUGGUCGCCAAGCCACUGGAGGGCUUCAAUUCCCCAGACAAACCCUCCCAGGGGUUCAACUUUAAGCCCAUUAGACCGGACUACACAUAAUGUGAUUCAAGGACUUCUCAACUGGUGGCUGUGACUUGGACAUCUAUACUCUACCUUUUGAUAUUUCCAUUCUCUUGUGAAAAUCAAAACCAUGAAUAAACUCAAGUUUAUAGCUUUGUUUUACAGUGGAACUUGUGUUCUCAGGUGGGUUUAGCCAAAAUAUAAUAGCUCAUGUGGUCAAGGGCCAUAAUGUGUCACUGUUCUAACUCAUUUUGACCACAGGUCUUGAGAUAUUGUUUUGGUUUUGUCUUAUGGUGUUCACUUCAUUGAUAGUUUGAUGUCCAUGUGGUAUGACCGUGACCCUUUUUUCCCUCACAGACCCAUGAUGUAUCAUCAUUCUCUGUGCUUUCAUUCAAUUUGUACAUGCCUGUUGUUUUGUUUAUAUAUGCUGUCUUUUGCACCCAACAUAAGAGCAGUAGCACAACAGACUUUUUUUUGGUCAUUGUUUGUAUGGAUGGUGAUAGUCUGAUCCUGCAUUUAUCAAGACUUAACGCAGUGGGCAGUGGUCAGUUGUGUUAUGUUCUAGUCAUUCUUGGCUGUCCCAAAUUAUGCUUUGUUUCACAUAUAAAAGAUUUAUAUUUGUUGUAUAUCAGGGCUGCGGAUUCUGUAAUAUUUCCUUAGAGUAGAUCCUCAGUAAGGCAGAAAAAGCUGAGAAAGCAAAAAAUAGGUUUAAAAAGUGCAAUAAAAAUCAAAUGGCAUUUAAUCAACUUGAGGGGUUCACAUACAAUAUAAGUUAUGCCAUUUUUGUGGGUAAUGUUUAAUAAUUAUCUACUUUCGGUGAAGAAAUAAAAUGUUUUGUUUUAAAUUUUGUUCAUAUCUGCAUUGAAAUCUGUUGGUAAUUAUUGAUCACUGGUAUAUAAACACAAUCUGUUUCCUUUGUGAUCUGAGUCUGCAUAUUCGUUUCAAACUUUUGAAACUGACUAGAUUCCGCAGCUCUGGAAAUAUUCAUUGUUUUUUUUUACUCCAUGAAAGAUAAGAUGUCAGAAUGAUGGUAAGGAACCCUGGCUUGAUGUAUAAGUUCAGGGGGAUGAUAGAAUCUGGCACAGUAUCCCUGUACAAUGCAGUUUAAUACCUGUGAUUUUACAGCUGAAAAAGUAAAGGAAGUUCAUUAUAUUAAAGAGCAGAUUGGCUGAUCUCCUAAUUAUUGUGAUCUUUGAGCCAUACACUUGCAUUGUCCUAUGCCAAAGCUAUAUGUGUUGCUCCAUUCUGUUGAGUGUGAGCUAUAGAUUUUGUAUAUUUUUAAAACACUUUUUCCGUGUCCUCAAGAGUUUAAAAAGAGUGAUUCUUAUCUUUUAUUAUAUUUAUUGUAUAUUACAGCAAUGUAAUUUGAAUGCUAUCUGAAUUUAUCAAUGUCAUAAUUAUUUUAAAGAUACAUUUUAUUUUGAAUAAAAGAUGUAGCAUUAGCUAAAGCUUAAGGCAUGUGAGCCAAUUCCCAUAUCACAUGCUACAUACACGUGGGUGUAAAAUACUGUUGUAACUGUCAACACACUUGUACAUAGGUGUAUAUUUGUUGAUGUGUAAAUAUGUUGAUAUCACCACCCCUGGCUAUUGUUGGUAUAUAUGGGCAUAUUUUUUUUUAAUUCAGUUGCCGUUCUAUGCAUUUAUUUGAUAGCUUAGGUUUUUACCGGUAAAUUUGUCUUGUUUACAAAAUGGAAAGAAACUGUCUUGACUGUCCAUGUGGCUCAAAUAAUAAUGAAAAAGUAUUAACGGAAUUAAUCAGCAUGUACAAGUUUUAAAGCCUAGUUCUGCUGGAUCAGUUCUAUUCUUUUAAUCUUCAAUUUUUUAAAUGGAACUUUUAAAACUGAAAUUCUACAUUACUGAUGAAUUCAAUGUGUGCAGCUGAAAGAGAUUUUGAUACAGCACAUUUAGUUUACACACUGGGGUAUAGGGGGCAUGUUAAAGUCAACUGUUUUGGAUUUGUUCUAUAAGAUUGAAAAAAUUUGAUAUUAUGUUGGUCACUUAUAUUGAAAACUAAUUGUUUUAAAUUGUGUGCCAUUGUUAUGAUGUUUUAAUCAUGCCAUUUUAGAGGUCAUUUUAAAAAUGUCAUUUUCUGAUUUCUUGUAGGCGUGCUCACAUAAAGAAUGCAUAUUCAUGUUAUAAAUGUUUUGUUAUAUACCAUCAACACUGUUGCUAGGUGAUAAGUAAACUCAUUU